CGGCCAGACGCGGGGAUCUCAAGCUCCCGGCAGAGGGUGACCCCCUGACCUCCACAUCCUUGUACUUCCGGUGUAGAAGGCACCGCCUGAAGUUCCCGCAUGCGCAGAGUUCGGUCGGCUUCUUCCGGUUCGUGCGGUUCAGGUCUUGGUGUCAACAAAAAUGUUGGACAUAAGAAGUUGGGCAGAGUACAUUGUGGAAUGGGCUGCAAAAGACCCUUAUGGUUUCCUUUCAGCUGUUAUCUUGGCACUAACUCCACUGUUCAUAGCAAGUGCAAUAUUGUCAUGGAAACUGGCAAAAAUGAUUGAAGCUAGAGAUCGAGAACAGAAGAAGAAACAAAAACGUCAAGAAAAUAUUAAUAAAGCCAAGAGACCAAAGAAGGAUUGAACAUGUAACCAAGAAACAUUCCCUUUCUUGAACUAAAAUACAGCUUGUUUUGCAUAUUUAACUAUUGCAAUUAUAUUUGGCAAUAACUUCAAGAACACCACCAUAUUUCAAAUGACUGCUUCAUCAGAUCUGUGCUUAUAUCAUCUAAUAAUUUGUUGGAACUUUUAUGAUAUCCAUUAAUUAUUAGGAUAAUCACUCAUGCUUUACAGCUAAUUUUCUACUUUGUUUACUAUUUGAAUUGAGUGUAUAUAUUUCUCAUUCCUCAAGUACCUGUUUCAUCAAUUCCAUAAUCUUGUGACUGAAGAUGUACUGAGAAAUUGCACUGAAAUCAAUACAUUGAUACAAUAUAUGCUUACUAUUUCUAAAUUAAAAAAUAACUUGUAAUUUAUAUCCAGUUCUAUUUUUGCUCAAAAGCCUGAUAUUACUGACUAAAUUCAAUUCACAGUUGCAAAGUGAUGAGGGAAGGGAAAAAACUGAAAUAAUUUUGUUCAGUAGCAUGGUGCAUAUUAAAGCCUUUGAAUGGCAAUGUUUCAUUUACAUAAUCUUCAGUAAGUCUCGAAUUCUUUAUUAAAAGGAUUACAGAGCUGUA